GAAAAAUAAAAAUAAAUUUAAAAACAAAAAUAAAUUAAAGAAAAAAAAAUAAAAGUAAAAACAUAAAGCAAUCAAAACAGCGCUUUGUCGCAUCUGCUUUUCGGUGUUAUACAACUCAAGUGAUUUUUUUUUUUUGAAACGCCCUUUUUUUGAAAGUUGCGCUUUUUGACAUUAUUUAUUGGCAACCAACGCGAAAAAACAGGAAAAUAAAUUAAAAAAUAAAAAUACCUACACACACACACUUAAAGGCAAGCAGCGUAGCGACGUGACAACAACAAUGGCGAACCUUAACAACAACAACAACAACAAGCGCGCUGCAGCGAAAGUAAUUGCAACAUGCCUCAUCUUAAGCGUUUCCAUGCAAAUGUGUUGCGGCUCGGCGAUACCGAUUUGGGAAUUUUUAACGCGCAACGAAAAGAUGUCGUACCUCUACUCGACGUUCGGUCAAUUGGUCAGCGUGCACUGCAAAGCCACCGCCGCCAGCACAGCGAAGCCAGUGAACGAGUGCAAGCGCGACUUGCUCGCCUAUGGCUAUGAGAAACUACAAACGUUCAGCGACGCACAGUUGGAUCUGCUGGAUCCCUAUCAACGGGCUGCCAAUGAACUUAUUUGGUCUUCCAUCAUGCGCAAUCACGCAAGCUCAACGCUGAUCACCACACGCAAACCCUUGCCAACACCACCCGACUCGUCACUCAUCAUCCUCACGCAUCAAAAGCCUGCCAAUACAGCCGGUUCGACCAACACACACAGCCAAAAUCCACUCUUCGACGGCGAAGCCGACAACAAGCACCAAUUCGCAAUGGACAUGGAUAUUUCCUAUGGCUAUGCUAAUGGACAGAUAGAUAAUCAAAAGUCCUCCACUGAGACCUUCCUCAGUGGACCGCUAGUGUUUCGUGUACGUCCUGAUGGCAGCCCAGUUGAGGAGGAUCAACAUAAGCCGCUGCCACGUGAUGAUGACUUAGAAGCCUAUCAAUUAGCUGGCACCACGGUUGGUAAUGGCGCCGCUGCUACAGCCAACAGCGCCGCUCAGGCAACAACAGUGAUUGGGGGACAGCCGAAACAUCGCAAAAUCGCCAUGAUCAGUGAUCUUAAACAGCAGCAUUUGGCCUCAUUGGCUUUGCAGCGCGAUUUACAACCGCCUUAUGAACCGGCACGCUUGCGCCGUCAACCAGAACAGAGCGUAGCUACUGCUGGACGUGCAAUUCCACUGACACAAUCGUUCCACGCUCUGCCCUUUGCUGGCUACUACUAUGCCAAGGGUCAGGCGUAAAAUUGCAUUGAGCGCAGAUGGAAGAUGAGUGCAGAGAGGAGACAGUGCUCGUUUAUGCGAAAAUAGAAGAAAAGUAGCUUAGAGAAUCAGCGUUAAGCUUAUUUUGUUGUAGAAUUCAGGCGAAUUUUUAUCAGCCUUUGAUACAGUUUAUGUAUGAAAUUGCUGCCUAGAAUUCGAAUCAAAUUAAAUGAAUUAUGUUAUAUUCUUUGGAAAAGUAGUUUUCUAAAAUCAUCAUCUAUCAUUCAUAAAUUACAUUAUUUACCACAAUGAAUAUAAUUUAAAGUUUAGUUAGUAAAAUUAUUGGUGUGCAUGAGCUUGUGUCUGUAUUUUUUUAUACAUGUGAAUAUGUGGUAAUACUUGUAAAUUAUUUUUAAGUUAAAUUCUUUAAAUUUGUUUGAAUAUUUAUAGCUUUAAGACAAAAAUCUUAUUUUAUAAAUCUAUAGACUUACUUGUGGUACUCUAUUGAAUUUGUACA